AUGGUGGUGCUGCACUUGUGCAACGCCACCGAGCACCCGGGCUUGCGCAGCUCCGAAAGCAUUAAGGCCUCUCGGAGCGUGCCAUUAUCGGCUUGUUGCACACCGGGGAACGAGCCCGCUUUGGUGGGCAACGAGGGGAGCCCCCGAGGAGCGCCCGGUGCGGGAGCCCAAGGCGGCGGAGGAGGCGACGGAAGAGCCGGGCCGGCGCGGCGGAAGGGGCGGUCCGGGCGCGGCGGCCGCAUGGGGGCCGUGUGGGGUCGGGCGGCGCGGCUCGGGCUCCCCGCGGCGCGGGCGGCGGCGGUCCCGGCGAGCGGCGGCGGGCGGCGGCUGGGCUGGCUGUGCGGCGCCGGGGCGGGCCCGCUGCUGCCGCUGGCGGCGGCGCUGCCCCGCGGGCCGGCCCGCCCGCCUCACUUCCUGCGCGCCGGGGCGGGGCGCGCGUCCUGGGGCCGCCGCGCCGAGACCGGCCCCGGCACUGGCAGCGCCAACAGCGCUGCCGCCGCGCACCUGCCCGGGGAGCAGCCGGCAGCCAUGCCCGCCGCCGAGCCCGAGCGCAGCCCCGCCGAGCCCCAGGCGCCGGCCGCCGCGGAGUCGCUGCGCCGCGGCCGCCGGAGGAAGGUCAAGGAGGAGACCCCAGGGAAGAAGGUCAAGCAGCAGGUGAAGGCGAAGCGGCGCGGUAAGGCCGAGGCCGAGCAGGCGCAGCCCGAGGAGAACGGGCUGGGGGACGGCGACUUCGAGCCCCCCGUGCCCAAGAAGACGAAAAAAGUCAAGGAGAAAAGCAACGGUUUGGUAGGAGAGAGCGACGCGUCCCAGCAGGCGGUGAAAUCUGCCCCCGCUGUGAGCGGCGGCGUGACAUCCCCGGCUGCCCGAGAGCAGGACAGCGACGCCGAGGAGCUGACAGAAGAAGCAAAAGAAGGCGCCUUCUCUAAUUUUCCUCUCUCACAAAGCACUAUCAACCUUCUCACAGCUCGAGGUAUAAAAUACCUGUUCCCUGUGCAAGUGAAGACUUUCCAGCCCAUCUAUGAUGGCAAAGAUGUAAUUGCUCAAGCUCGAACAGGAACUGGGAAAACCCUUUCCUUUGCUCUUCCACUGAUUGAAAAACUUCAGAGUGUCUCACAGGAUGGGAGAAGAGGCCGUGCACCAAAAGUGCUGGUUCUUGUUCCAACCAGGGAACUGGCCAUUCAGGUAGCCAAAGACUUCAAGAAUAUCACAAAGAAACUGUCAAUUGCUUGUUUUUAUGGAGGAACUCCAUACAAAGAACAGCUUGAUCUCCUUAAAAGUGGCAUCGAUAUUCUGGUGGGAACUCCUGGCCGGAUCCAAGACCACAUUCAGAACAGCAAGCUGGAACUUUCCAAUGUGAAGCAUGUUGUUUUGGAUGAAGUGGAUCAUAUGUUGGACAUGGGCUUUGCUGAACAAGUGGAAGAAAUCUUGGGAUCGUCCUAUAAGAAAGGCUCCGAGAACAACCCGCAGACGCUGCUGUUUUCUGCAACUUGUCCACGAUGGGUUUAUGACGUAGCAAAAAAAUACAUGAGAGAUGAGUAUGAACAGAUUGACCUGAUUGGAAAGAAGACUCAAAGGACAGCCACAACUGUGGAACACUUGGCCAUACAGUGUCGCUCAUCUCAGAGGGCAGGAGUUCUUGGGGACAUCAUCCAGGUCUACAGUGGCAGCCGUGGGCGGACCAUUGUCUUUUGUGAGACCAAAAAGGAAGCAAAUGAGUUGGCUAUGAAUGCUUCUCUCAAACAGGAUGCCCAGUCCUUGCAUGGUGACAUUCCACAGAAACAGAGAGAAAUCACAUUAAAAGGCUUCAGAAACGGUGUGUUUGAAGUGCUGAUUGCGACAAAUGUAGCUGCCCGUGGUUUGGAUAUUCCUGAGGUUGACCUUGUUAUACAGUGCUCACCACCAAAAGAUGUGGAUUCCUACAUCCACCGUUCUGGACGCACGGGCCGAGCGGGCCGGACUGGCAUCUGCAUUUGUUUGUUUCAGAGAAGAGAAGAAGAUCUUCUGAAACAAGUCGAGCACAAAGCGGGUAUUACCUUUAAGCGUGUAGGCGUUCCCUCUGCAACAGAUGUCAUUAAAGCUUCAAGUAGUGAUGCCAAAAAAUUGCUGGAGGCCGUUCCUCCCUCUGCAGUGGACUACUUCAGAAAAUCAGCUGAGGAACUGAUAGAUGAGAAGGGGGCAGUGGCUGCCCUGGCUGCAGCCCUGGCGCACAUUUCUGGGGCAGCUCACAUCCAGCAGCGCUCCCUGCUCAACUCAACAGCUGGCUUUGUGACCAUGGUGUUGAAGUGUUCAAUAGCGAUGCAUACCAUGCGCUAUGCCUGGCGGGGGCUGAAGGAGCAGCUUGGGGAGGAGGUCGAUAACAAAGUGUCUGCAAUGUGUUUCCUCAAGGGGAAGAUGGGCGUGUGCUUUGAUAUCCCUGUUGAUGAACUGAGUAAUAUACAGGAGCAGUGGAGGGACACGCGGCGCUGGCAGCUCUCGGUGGCCAGUGAGUUGCCUGAGCUGGAGGAGCAUCCCCAGGAGGGGGGACGAGGGUUCUCCAGGUUCAGGAACAGCAAGCAAGGAGACUUCAAGAGAAACAGCUGGUUCAAGAGUGGAAAUCGGGGACUUUAACGGAGCACUCGAUUGACCUCCCCUACAGAUAAUGGGACUGAGCUGAAUUUUAUGAGGCAGUAAAAGCCUGUUAGCCUCCUCUUUGUCUUAUUCUUUGAUAAAGCAGCCUGUCUUUGAGGAUGGCGAAAAAUCACGUUUGCUGAAAUGACUGGGUGUUUUGGGAGAUUUUUUUUUUUCUGCCCAGCAAAGUAGCUGCAUCUGUGACCCAGUGGGUGUGCCUAAAACUCAACCCUGCGAGGGAACAGAAUUCAUCCAAGCACGGACAGUGACCACUCCUUGCCUCCUCAGCAGCGCUAAAAAAAAUCGGGUUCUGAAAUAAAUCUUUUUCAGAAAAGCUGGA